AUGGAGCAUUCUGGUGCACAUGUUUGAAACACUGGCCUGGCGCCAUCACCAAUCUGGCCGGCCCUCUCCCCUUUCAGCCUCGGCUGGAUGAUUCACAGCCACAUGAUCCUGCCUCUCUGGUCCUAUCCGAUCGGCUCUACUCUCAGAUCGCGUCUCAGUUGCACACUCGAGGUCGACCGUGCACGCCAGGGUCGAGUGGCACCACUUUCGUGCAGUCGCCUGACGCCAGACUGUACGUCCAGCCGUGCGGCACUAACAGCACUUUGUCGUCGCAUGUGCCCUGUUCGCAGAAUUGGAUUAUUUGGCCACGAAUCUCGUUCCACUUGUCCAGUCGUACCGAACAACUUGAGACUAUCCUUUGCCUCCGGCCAGAGACCGUAUUUAGAUAGUGUUGCAACCAAAGUAUCACACACACACACACACACACACAUACACACACACAUAAAACACACACAGCCCCUCAUGCUGUGUGCUGUGGCAUGUGCCAUGCAGGCAUCUCGACUUAAUGACCUCCCUUCACUCGGGUCACUAUCCGAUAGUUCCGAUCUGUUAAGCACCGGAAGACUAGUUGCAUCAUCGUGUACUGCGGUGGCCUCUGAGUUGACUUUCCCUACUUUGCGAGUUGCUGGGCUGGCCAUGGCGACGCAGACACUUGGCAACCUGGGUGCUGUACUCUUCGAUGCCCCUAAUGCUAUCAAGUUUAAUCACUAUUCUUUUGAAAAGCUAUUUUGCAACUUCUUUGAGUAUAGGCAAGAUUUUAACUUUGAUGAAAAUUUGGGUUUUGAGGAGUCGCUUGUUUCAUAA